AUUCACCGUUCAUUCAUUCGUAUUUUGAAUUUCGCUUCGAACGGUUGUUCUCACGUUGAAUUUCAAAUCGGAACGUUCGGUCCGCGGAACGUGUUCGGUGCAAAAAAACGUUAGCAAGACAUUAUUUGUUUUCGUAGUGACUUUAAUUGGCAGCCAAUCAGACUUUAAGUGCAAUACACAAACUGGUGAUUAAAGUUAGUAUUCAGGGCGAAUUCCAUACAGAAGGGCAAAGUUCUGGGCGGUGCAACCACCCCCUCGGAAUUGUUAAAUAUUUAUACACACCACCAACGGAACGCACGCACUUACACAGUUUACAAGGCGAGUGGCGCCAACAUAUGCAAAGCAGCGAUAAGAAAACAACCCAGAAAAGGAAAGCAGGAAAAUUAUUGGCAGGCGACUGGAUUCGUUUGGAGUGACUCAACUCCCACAACAAUUGCCGCUGAUGAGGUGAACGAACUGCUGGUCAGCUGCGCAGCAUCCAUUUUUAGCUCCUCCCUCCAUCUCUGGCAAUUAAGUCAACCCUAAUUGGAGGAGGGAGCUUCUCGGCUCAAGAUGCCGUCGCUGCGCCAGAAGGUCACCACUUAUUUCCGCCAGUUGAGCUUCAUAGCGGAGCCUCGCGAGGGUCGCCGGCGGGCCAGCGAGCACGAGGAUGACGAUUGCAGCUUCAUUACCAAAUACCUGGAAGGUCGCAUGCAACGACAGUUUGUGGAGGGUCCGGAGAUCUACAAUGGCCAGAAUCCCACAGACAUGCCCGUUCUCAAGUUGAACCCCUACGAAGCCGGAACCUGCUCCAUCACAGCCGCCUGCACAGGACCGGAUGAGGGACUCACUGGGAUUAAGCGCUCCAAACUGCACCUGAGCACCAGCUUUGCGGACGACAUCGACUUCAUAGAUACGCAGCAGGAGAACGAUGAUUGCUAUGGGGUCAGGAAGAGUUCUGCGCCGGUUCAGCCGGCAACACAGAACUCCACACGACUGACCAGCAAAUUCGGACGCCCGCCGACUACAUCCCGGAGACAAAGUAGCACGGAGCAGCCAUCCGGAUCUGCUCCUGUUUCGGGAAUGCGUUCCCGCAAGAAUUCCAAGAGCAGCAUCGCCAAUCUGGCAGCGGCAUCUACGGGUGGCGAUGUUGGUAAGGUCAACAACAACGAUCAGAACAACAAGAACCUGUUAAACGCAAAGACUGAGGCUUCGACGGAAGGCGAUUCCAACUCGGAGCGGGAGCGGCUGCUCCUCGAGGCUGUGAGCAACCAGGCGGGAUCUGCUCCAGCUCCUUUGAUCGCUGGCGUGGAGAACUGGCGCAUGGAGUGCGAGUUUGCAUACGGAAUCUCGGUGUCCCUCUACGAAACCAACAUGCUCACCAAAGAACCCAUGGGCAACCCCAUCGCCGACUGCUACGGAAUGGUGGUGCGCGGGGAUUCAGCUGCCAUGGCCAUGGCAGAUGGCGUCAACUGGGGUGAUGGCGCCCGCCUGGCCGCCCGCUCAGCUGUCCAUGGAUGUCUGGACUAUCUGGAUCGAGCGGUCUUCGGCCAGGCACUGGAAUGUCGGGCCACAACCACCCAGGAGGUUUUCGUGAGUCUACUGCGGAGUCUGUGGGAGGGACACGGCUGCAUACUGGAGGUUGGAGGAGCCCUGUCCACGCUGACCAUUGCCGUGGUGCUGCCGCUGGACGGAGCGCCGGGCAAGUAUGUCGUCUGUUCUUGCAACGUGGGUGAUUCCCUGGGCUACGUGUACUCCAAGAAGCACGGAGUUCGGGAACUCACGCAGGCCUCCCACGACAUCAGCUCCAUGCGGGACAUGCGUGACGCACUGGGGGCCUUGGGACCGGCGGAUGGCAACAAGCCGGAGCUGAGCAAUCUCACCUUCUCGAUGACCUGCAUCGAAAGCGGAGACAUUGUGUUCCUCACUUCCGAUGGAAUCAGCGAUAAUUUCGAUCCCGUUGUGGGCAAAUUCGCCGAGGCAUGGACGCCAGAUGUCAAGCUCCAGACGGCGGGUCAGGGAAAACCUGGUAGCCUAGCUCCAAAAAGACAGAACAAGAGUGCAUCUGCGAUCUAUGCCCGCCUACAUCCCUUGACGCCACCCACGCGUCCAGCUCGUCAGUCCAAGGCGAGCAGUCCGCCCAGCAAUGCGCCCAGUCGUCCGAAGUACAUGCGUUCGCAAACUCUCAUUGAACCGCGUCAGGGAUUGGCAUCGCCUCCACCGCCUGCUGUGGCUCUUCAGCGCAUUCCGAAGUCCAUCUCUGGGCUGCCCUUGGUCACCGGUCCCCAGCGACAUGCUCUCACCCUGUACCGCCUGGAGGACCUGCUCAGCUACGGCAUCAACGGCACCUUCUCGCCCUGCGUUUCGGCCCGGAGGCUCUGUCACUUGCUCAUCGAUUUCGUCAGGAUGAUAACGUCCGCCAGGAGAAAGACCCUGGAACAGAGGGAACUCUUCUACAAACUCUCGACGGGUCCAGAUGGCGCCAAGCGGGAAGUGCAGCUGAAUCGCAUGCAGCAUCGGGCUGCCAGAAAGCGGGUUGUGGAUAGCAGCGCCUUUGUAGCCCUGCCUGGAAAACUGGACCAUGCCACUGUGAUGGCCUACACGGUAGGCGGUGGAGAGGAUCACAAUAAUGGAAACGAUAACGGCGACGGAGGAGCUCUUUCCCCCGUGCUGCAAUCCAAGGAGUUUAAGGAGACGAAUUUCUAAAAACGAGGAAACGCUAGACUGCAGACUAAGCUUUUUAUACAUUUUUCUCACUCACAUAUGGGUAGUUCUAUCUUAUAUGUACAAACAGUGGUCUUCAGGGUCUCUAAUAAAUUUUCAGUUUACGUUUUUGUUUUUUAUUAAGAUAGUUACGCAGAAAGUGCCAAUUAAUUUGUUUUGUUACUUUAAAGGAAAUAGAUCGUUAAAUACUUAAAUCAUAUUGUUAGAUUUCCGCCAAAUACACUAUUUAGUUCGCCUAUCGAAGAACAAACAAUAGCCUUAACUACACAUUAGUUGUAUCUAUUUGUUUUCUAAUUUAAUAAUUAGAAACGAAUACUAUCAGGAAACCCAAUAUGAAAAAAAUACCUUAUUUUGAUUGAUGUAAUUAAUAUAAGACCCUCAAGAAAAUCGUUUAUAUAGUAUGUGAUCAAGAAGUACCCAUACACAUAUAUAUAUUUACAUUAACACUGAUAUACGUACGUAGUGAUAAAUCUCACAUGUAUCUUCAAUAUUCAUAGAGCUUUCGUCUAAGUUUGUUGAUUUUUUUUCGGUAUUCUCACCUGUCAGCCAUAGUUUUUUAGCCAUUUAUUUGUAAAUUGCAAACGACAGAAAUGCCUCAAAUGUUUUAAACUACCAAAAAGAAUAAGAAUACACAAAUGUACAUCGUAUUUUUACACUCUCAUCCGUAAUUCAAUGUAAAUGCCACUUUUACGCAAGCUGCAACAAUGUAAACGUAAUACAUUUUAUACCAGCUGUCCCACACAAUUUUAAAUUAUAAAAGCGUAUAAACUUGGUAACGCACAGCUUAAUUUGCUAAAUGGACUGUACCGAACGGGCCAGAGCAAUAAAUAAUUGAAUAAUCGCAUUGAAAAAUUGCGCUUUUACAAACACCAUAAA